GCAGAAGAUGCUCUGAUUCUGACCGGCAGGGGCCGCGAACACCGCUCCGGCGGUUGGGAAGCCGUCGGGCAAAAAGUGGCCCCAAGGGGCCCCGGGCGCGCCGGGCAGGCAUUCCGCGAGAAACAGAAGCACUGCGAAGUCCAGCGGUUUCUCCCACAGGCCAGCGUGGCUCCUUGGGGCUGCUCUUCGCUCUAAUCCCUGCCCCUUCGCCACCCGCGCCCUGCUUUUCCUCUCCAAGGCACAACAACCCAAGCCGCACCUGCCCCAUUGGCUUCGGGUACCGCAGCCGCCACCACCACCACCCCAGCAUGAGCUGAGGCGAACUCUUCCCUGCGCUGCGACUCACGAGUCGAGCCCCGGCGGCGGCGGCGGCGAUGGACCUUCGGCUGCGCGAAUUGCGCCUCCAGGAGGAGAAGGCGUUUCUGGAGAGCAUGGCGCUGACCCCGCCAGAGGGGGACCCAGAGCCUGCCAGGGAGCUGGUAGGCGAGGAGAGCCCCCGAGACCAGUCUCCUCCAGGGGAGGAGGAAGCCCGGCGGGGCAGCCGAGGCCAGGCCAUCGUCCCUGAGCCGCUGGACACUGGCGACGACUGGCAGGUGCCAUGUGUCCCCAAGUCCCCCAGGGACGCCAGCCUCAUCCUGGAAGCGGUCAAGCGCAACGAAUUCCUGCGGUGCCUGGGCGACGGGCAGAGCCAGCCCCUGGUGGAGAGCUUCACCCCAAAGCAGUGCCAGCCGGGGGAGACGGUCGUGGCCGAGGGGGAUGAUGGGCACCACAUGUACAUUGUGGCUGAGGGAGAGCUCUGUGUGACGCAGAAAGGGCGCCACCUCCGCCAGCUGCUCCCCGGAGAUGUGUUUGGGGAGCUGGCUGUCCUGUACCACUGCCAGCGGACGGCUACCGUCACAGCACGCACAGGGGUGCAGCUGUGGGCCAUUGACCGGCAGGCCUACCGCACCAUCGUCACGGAGAGCGCCAAGAGGCGGCGUGCCCAGGUCCUGGCGGGCCUGCGAGGGGUGAAGCCCCUGCAAGGUCUGUCAGAUGCAGCCCUGUCACAGCUCCUGGACUCUGCUGAGGAGCGCACCUUUGCCCCGAACGAGCUCAUCAUCCAGGAGGGGGACGAGGGGAGAACCUUCUUCUUCGUCCUCAGCGGCCAGGUGGAGGUGACCAGGAACGUGGACGGCCAGGAGGAGUUCAUCCGGGUGCUCAAGGGAGGCGACCACUUCGGGGAGCUCGCCCUCAUCCGCAACAUCCGCCGGACGGCCAGCUGCCGGGCCCUGGAGGAGGUUACCUGCAUCGCCAUAGCCAAGGAAGAUUUCCAGGAGCUGAGUCCCAUGUGUGCCCCUCGUGAGCUGGAAGCAACCGUGCCAGAAGCCCCCCCUCUCUCUGAAACCGGACGCGGGUCUUUGCUCGAGGGGGCGUCCGCGCCGCUGCGGCUCCAGGACCUGGAGGCCGUGCUGUACGAGGACGGCGAGCACCGGGGGCGGCCGGUGGUCCUGGGCACGGGAGGCUUUGGCACCGUGGAGCUGGUGCGGAGCGCGGAGGAGGGGGCCCCGCCGGGGGAGGAGCGGCUCUUCGCCCUCAAGCGCCUGCGCAAGGACCACGUGGUGCAGAAGCGGCAGCAGGAGCACGUGCUGAUGGAGAAGGCCGUCCUGCUGCGGAGCCGCUGCCCCUUCAUCGUCCGGGUCUUCGCCACUUUCCGGGACAGCCGCCACGUCUACCUGCUGCUGGAAUUCUGCCAAGGAGGGGAGCUGUGGGCCAAGCUGCGUGAGGUCCGCUGCUUCUCGGAGCCCGUGGCGGUCUUCUGUUCUGCCUGUGUGGUCGAGGCCCUGGACUACCUGCACGCCCAAGGCAUCGUCUACCGCGACCUGAAGCCUGAGAACCUGAUGCUGGAUGCCCAGGGUUACAUCAAGCUGGUGGACUUCGGCUUUGCCAAGGCCCUGAAGCGUGGGGAGAAGACCUACUCCUUCUGUGGGACCCCUGAGUACCUGGCCCCAGAGAUCCUGCGUCACGAGGGCCACGAUUUUGCUGUGGACUUCUGGACCCUUGGCGUGCUCAUCUUUGAGAUGCUUGUAGGACGCCCCCCGUUCCACAGUGCUGAGCCUCAGAAAAUCUACAGCAAGAUCAUGGACGGCGUCUUCUCCUUCCCAGUCUUUGUCAGCGAAGCGGCCUGCUCCAUCGUGGCCAAGCUUUGCAGGCGCCGACCAGGACAACGGCUGGGCAACACCAGCGGAGGGAUCCGGGCCAUCCGGAAGCACAGAUGGUUCAGCUCCCUCUCCUGGAAAAAGCUGGCACUGCGGCAGAUGGAGGCCCCCACCACAGUGCUGCUCAAGCAGGGCCCCCCCUACGCCAACUUCAAGCGGUUUUCUCUUUCACCACAACUGCCCGAGGAGGAGUUCUCUGGCUGGGAUGAAGACUUCUGAGCCGCCCCCCCCCCGGAGGGCCUGCUGGGAGCAGCUCACCCCUUCCUUUGGGGACAGCGGGGGGGGCUGAACACGCUUCAGGGCUCCACGAGAACCCCCCCUCCCUGACUCAUCAGCUGGAGCCUGGCGCAAACUGAGAAGCAAAGACUCCUCUUCUGCUGGGGGGGGGGAGAGAGGAAUCUGCUCUGAGCCGCAGGACUGCAGCAGGGCUCAGAGACCUUUCUCGUGGCCCACCCACCCACCUUCCCCCUCUGUUUUUGAUUCCCUGAGGGGGGUGUCCUCCUUUAUAGAGGGGGGGGGAAUUGGCAGAGCCUGGCUCCCACUGCUAAGCUUGUCUGAGCUCUGGACCCCCGUGCCUGGCGGUCGUGCCCUGGCGUAACCCUCUCCUUUGGCUGUGGCUUCUCCUUGAGCCCUUGCCUCUGUGCAAGCGCAAAGGGCCCGCUCCGGGGAGCACGGCUCUGUUGUUGCCUUUGUUGCUUCUGUGGCCCAGU